UGCUCGCGCCUCCGGCACCGCCACCGCCCCCCAUCCAAGGAUAUGCCUUCAAGCCUCCGCCCAGACCCGACUUCGGGACCUCGGGGAGAACAAUCAAGUUACAGGCCAACUUCUUUGAAAUGGACAUUCCUAAAAUCGACAUCUAUCACUACGAGUUGGAUAUCAAGCCAGAGAAAUGCCCGCGGAGAGUGAACAGGUCUGUAACAUCGUGGCAGGACAGAGAUGUAUAAAGAAGUUGACCGACAAUCAGACCUCAACCAUGAUCAGAGCGACGGCCCGGUCGGCGCCCGAUCGGCAAGAGGAGAUUAGCAAGCUGAUGAGAAGUGCGAGUUUCAACACCGACCCCUACGUCCGGGAAUUUGGAAUCAUGGUCAAAGACGAGAUGACGGACGUGACGGGCCGGGUCCUGCAGCCGCCCUCCAUCCUCUACGGGGGCCGGAAUAAAGCGAUUGCCACGCCUGUGCAGGGCGUCUGGGACAUGAGGAACAAGCAGUUUCACACGGGCAUUGAGAUCAAGGUGUGGGCCAUCGCCUGCUUCGCACCCCAGCGCCAGUGCACCGAGGUCCACCUCAAGUCCUUCACGGAGCAGCUCAGAAAGAUCUCCAGGGACGCGGGGAUGCCCAUCCAGGGCCAGCCGUGCUUCUGCAAGUACGCCCAGGGCGCCGACAGCGUGGAGCCCAUGUUCCGGCACCUGAAGAACACGUACACGGGCCUGCAGCUGGUGGUGGUCAUCCUGCCGGGCAAGACCCCCGUCUACGCCGAGGUGAAGCGCGUGGGGGACACGGUGCUGGGGAUGGCCACCCAGUGCGUGCAGAUGAAGAACGUGCAGCGGACCACGCCGCAGACGCUGUCCAACCUCUGCCUGAAGAUCAACGUCAAGCUGGGGGGCGUGAACAACAUCCUGCUGCCGCAGGGCAGGCCGCCCGUGUUCCAGCAGCCGGUCAUCUUCCUGGGGGCCGAUGUCACGCACCCCCCCGCGGGGGACGGGAAGAAGCCUUCCAUCGCUGCCGUCGUGGGCAGCAUGGACGCCCACCCCAACCGCUACUGCGCCACCGUGCGGGUGCAGCAGCACCGCCAGGAGAUCAUCCAGGACCUGGCGGCCAUGGUGCGCGAGCUGCUCAUCCAGUUCUACAAGUCCACGCGCUUCAAGCCCACGCGCAUCAUCUUCUACCGCGACGGCGUGUCCGAGGGGCAGUUCCAGCAGGUCCUGCACCACGAGCUGCUGGCCAUCCGCGAGGCCUGCAUCAAGCUGGAGAAGGACUACCAGCCGGGCAUCACGUUCAUCGUGGUGCAGAAGCGGCACCACACGCGGCUCUUCUGCACGGACAAGAACGAGCGGGUCGGGAAGAGCGGAAACAUUCCAGCAGGCACCACCGUGGACACGAAGAUCACCCACCCGACCGAGUUCGAUUUUUACCUGUGCAGUCACGCUGGCAUCCAGGGAACAAGCAGGCCCUCCCACUACCACGUGCUUUGGGAUGACAAUCGUUUCUCUUCCGACGAGCUGCAGAUCCUCACCUACCAGCUGUGUCACACCUACGUGCGCUGCACGCGCUCGGUGUCCAUCCCAGCGCCAGCAUACUACGCUCACCUGGUGGCCUUCCGGGCCAGGUACCACCUGGUGGAUAAAGAACAUGACAGUGCUGAAGGAAGCCAUACCUCCGGGCAGAGUAACGGGCGGGACCACCAGGCGCUGGCCAAGGCGGUCCAGGUCCACCAGGACACGCUGCGCACCAUGUACUUUGCUUGACAUGCUGUGUUUACGAUUGUGUGCGGAGUCGGAUUCACACGAGACCAGCGACACUCAGACCAACCGACGCCAGCCCCGUGGCAGCCAGCACUGGACACCACGCGUCGUGGACUCAGCCGAGGCUCCUUUCCCAGAAUGCCUUCCGUCCGGACUUCACACUCGUUCUGAGCUGCAGACCUGUAUGAGACCCCACUGUCGCAGGAGAGAUGGUUUGCCAAAAUCUAUCCGCUGCUUAUUAAAUAGUCCCGUAUUUCCUAAAAACAUCUCCUAAAAGCAGUCUAUGAACUCAGGGCUUUAAAACAUUUUUAAUUUAUUUGGUCAUUCGAUUAACUUGUUUUUAACACGUGAUUCUGUAUGGAAUUGAUGGGCUCAAACUAGCUGUGAGCGUUCUCUGAGGGUGAAAGCAACGCAAACACUAUUGUGGUUUUAAAGCCUUGACCAUUCUGACGUUGUCACUCACGCGUGUCCCACGCGACACUCGUGUGCCCUGACGUGGCUCCACAAGCUCUUAGGGACCCGCGGUGGGUGCCCCACCCGCGGGGGAAAGGGGCCGGGACACCAGAGACCACGCCCACUCAACAUUUCUAGGUCCAGAGAGAUUGGCAGCCAAGUGCCAUUUUAAUAAAAAUUUAUUAAAAAAACAAAAAAAAGAAGAAGAAAAAAGAUGGUAUGCCGACAGUCUAAUGGUGAGAUUGGUCCUCUAGGACUGUGACAUUUAUUUUCCAAAGUUUCUAAAGAAUACGGGUCUGUGGUGAUGAUACAGUACAAUCCUUUCACUGUAUGUCUUUAAUGUAGAGAAUAUAUAUAUCUGGUUGCAGUAUUAA